AGUGCCAAAAACAGCCCUAUGAGAAACCCAAUUCUCUGCAGGUUUUGAAGUUAACUGGGAAGUGCUAUCGUUCUUCUUAUUGUUUGUUUUUUCUAGUAGACAUAUAAGCUCAUAAGAGCUGCAGCUAAAUCACGCUAACGAAGACUUUUAGAAUGCUAACAUGAUGCUAAGCCCAUCGGCCGAGUCACCAGAUGACAGAAACUCUCUGUACAGUCAGUCUCAGAACAACAGACAUAAAAGCGGGGAUAAAACCAGUCCGAUCAGCGUCAUACUGGUUAGUUCUGGGAGCAGAGGGAACAAACUUUUGUUUCGGUAUCCAUUCCAAAGAGCUGCUGAGUGCCCGUCUUCUCUCGCAGCAAAACAGCGUAACCCAUAUGCACUGAGCACAACUGGAGAUGUUCUUGAAGAUCUGGAUGGAGACUCAAGGGAGCAAUGUCCGCUAACUGACGAACAGUUGGUAGCAGGGUUUUCUGAUAGCAUUCUGGCCACCAUCCUGGCCACCAAGUCUGACAUGUGUGGAAAGAAGUUUGAACUGAAGAUAGACAACGUUCGGUUUGUGGGUCACCCUACUCUCCUGCAGCAUUCUCCUCUCAUUCAGGUGUCCAAAACAGAUCCUUCACCCAAGAGAGAAAUGCCUACUAUGAUCUUAUUUAAUGUGGUUUUUGCCCUGAGGGCAAAUGCUGACCCAUCUGUAAUCAGCUGCAUGCACAACCUUUCCCGGCGCAUCGCUAUAGCGCUUCAGCAUGAGGAGCGCCGCUGCCAGUACCUAACCAGAGAAGCCAAGCUGAUGCUGGCCAUGCAAGACGAGAUCACCACUAUGACUGAGACAGAUGGAACUCCUCAGUCCCCAUUUAGGCAAAUUCUUCCUAAAUGUAAGUUAGCCAGGGACUUGAAGGAAGCCUAUGACAGCCUUUGUACAAGUGGUGUGGUAAGGCUACACAUCAAUGACUGGCUAGAGGUCAGCUUCUGCUUACCUCACAAGAUCCACAGGGUUGGUGGUAACUAUAUCCCUCCGGAGGCAUUAGAGCGUAGUCUGAAGGCCAUAAGGCCUUAUCAUGCCCUGCUGCUGCUCGAAUGCGAGAAGGCGCUGUUGAGCCAGCUUCCUCUAGACUGCUCACCUGCAAUGGUGCGUCUGAUUAAGACCUGUUCAGCAGUGAAAAACCUGCAGCAGCUCGCCCAAGAUGCUGACCUGGCCCUACUUCAGAUCUUUCAGAUUGCUGCUCAUUUAGUUUAUUGGGGCAAGGCAAUCAUCAUCUUUCCAUUGUGUGAAAAUAACGUCUACAUGCUUUCUCCUCAUGCCAACAUAUCUAUAUAUUCUCCUUUGGCGGAGCAGUUUGCUCAGCAGUUCUCUGGACACGAUCUGCCUUCCAUGUUGGCCAAAUUCUCACUCCCAGUCUCACUAGCAGAAUUCAGAAACCCUCUGGAAGCUCCAGCACAGGAGGUUCAGCUGAUCCAGAUGGUGGUGUGGAUGCUCCAGCGCCGCCUGCUCAUCCAACUCCACACCUAUGUUUGCCUUUUGAUACCGCCAAGUGAAGAUGAGCCUGCACUGAAGGAGGAGGAGCUACCACUGGCUACCCGUGUCGGAGGCCGCAGUCUAAGCACCCCAAGCGCUCUCAGUUUUGGUUCACCAACCAGCAGUGACGACAUGACCCUAACAAGUCCCAGUAUGGAGAAUUCCAGCGCUGAGCUGCUGCCUGGCGGAGACUCUCCUUUGAAUAAAAGGAUGACGGAAACACUUCUCACGAGCCUGUCGGAGCAUGAAAGGCAGGUUAUACUUAACAUCCCAGCGGCACAAAAUCCAGAGGAUCUGCGAAUGUUUGCCAGGCUGCUGCACUAUUUUCGGGGACAUCACCACCUGGAGGAAAUCAUGUACAAUGAAAACAUGAGGCGAUCACAGCUGAAGACACUAUUCGACAAGUUCCGCAGCGUCCUCAUUGUUACAAACCAUGAAGACCCCAUUAUUUCAAUCUUUCAGUCACCAAUGGAGCAGACUAUAUGAGCGCCGGCAACCUGGAAACUAUCACUGUUUUAGAGUCGGUUAAUCUGAAACCUGCUCAGGACCAAGGAGGGUUUAUAGCAAAAUGAUGGCAUUAAUGUGCAGUUUCAAAAUAUAGACUAUUUUCCCCUUUGAGCCAAAAUUUGUUUACAAUGUUAAGUUAUUUUAUACUUACCAGACAUGCCUUAUGGGUUCACUGUGAAUAGGGGAAGGACUGAUGUACCGGGAGACUGACACACUCUCCCAAAUUCAAAGUAAAAGGAUCCAUGUUGGCUUCAUAAGUGCACACCAAGCACUGAUCGUUCCAGCUACCUCUGUUAAGGAAUCCCAAAGGUGGAGAUGGAAAGAGUGCAAAGAAAAGAUGGAGGCUCAACAUCAGUGAGCCAUACAGACAUCUGUAAAAAUCAC